UAAAAAAGAUAAUAUUAGUUUGUUUUGUUUGUUGUUGAAUAGAAGUAUGGCUGAUUCGUUGACGAAGUAUGGCCUUUAUAUAGAUGAUUUAAGUAAAAUUUGUAUCUUAGAACCGGAAGUAGCUAAUCAAACGAAUAAAUUAAAGGAGGAAUGUCAAAAUUUCAUUACCAGAAUUGUGGACUUUCAAAAGAAUUGUAACAAAUUCAUCGAUCUGAUGGACAACUGGGCGAACGAGGUUGAAAAAGAAAAAAUGCGGACGAUUGGCGCGCGAAAUUUGUUGCGUUCGGUUGAAAAGCAAAGAGACGCGCAGAAACAACAAAUACAGGCAUUGAUUAUGGAGAAAUCAAUGGAAUUAGAACGUUUGAAAAUUCAAUAUGACUCGUUGAAAAAAAUUGAAAUGGAACAGCUGGAAACGAUUGAGCAUUUAACAGUCAAUUAAAAUUCAUCACAAAACAAAAAUAAUAAUAAUAAUAAUAAUAAUAAUAAUAAUAAUAAUAA